GAUGUGCAUGAGUGCCUAAUACCGCCACAUCAGUAGAUGGCGCUGGAGCCCUGCGGUACAUUGCAUAGAUUCACCGUCUUCCGACGAAAAAUACACUAAACGGGCAGAUCAAAGAAUUUUGUUCUUUAUCUCUAAAAGAUUUUUACAGAGUUACACUAAAGAUGGAGAUUGUUAUUAAAGACGACAUGGAUCCAGAACCCAGCAAGACUGAACAUGAAGAUCCUGAGGGGAAAAGUGAUCGUAUGGAGGACAGUGAAGAUCUCACUGUGGUGAAGGAAGAACAAAGUGAAGAAAAAUCCCAGACUGACAACAACAGUUCCUCACAAAGCAAAAUCCAAGAAAAGGAAUCCAAAAAGAAGCAGAAAAGACCUUGCAAUGAAGAAAAGCCUUAUUCAUGCCUUUUGUGUACAAAGAAAUUCAAGAGUUUGUCCAGUCUGGAUUAUCACAUGCCCCUUCACUCUGGAGAAAGGCCGUUUGAUUGUGAUAAAUGUGGCAAAAAAUUUGUUUCAUUAAAUGCUCUGGAGUCACACAUAACAAAUCAUGAACGCCCUUGCUUGUGUCCUGUAUGUGGCAAGACGUUUUCACGAGAAGACCAAUUAAGAGUUCACCAGACAAUUCAUACUGGCGUGAAAGAUCACGUGUGUCAGGUGUGUGAUAAGAGCUUUCGAUUGGCCAGAGGAUUGGUAAGGCACAAACAACGGAUUCACAUGGGAGAAAAACCUUUCAAGUGCUCACAUUGUGAGAAGUGUUUUUCAGAAAGAGGUAAUUUGAAGGUGCAUGAGAGAUGCCAUACUGGGGAGAAGCCACACCAAUGCAUUGUAUGUGAGAAGAGAUUCAACCAAUUAUAUCAAUUACAAUCUCAUAUGAAAUCCUGGCACAUUGAAAGUACUGACGGCUUUGAAAACUAGUUUCCUUGUUAAAAGUUUACCCAUUCAACAACUCAUUAUUUUUACUGUACACUUUGCUAAUUCUAUGCACAUGUGUGUGAUGUCACCAAUAAAGCCUGUGCUUCAGAAUCAGA